ACCACAGGGCUCACGCAGUCACAAAGCAGCAGCCUUGCCCACAGAACCGAUGAGACUCCCUUCAAGAUUGGUCCCCUUGCUCCUCCCUGCCAGGCCAGCAGGGCUUCUUGCCCACAUACUAUAGCGAGGACUUUCCUCGUGUCUGUUCCUGUUUAUACCCCCACCACCGUUCUAUGAGAGUUCCUGUUAUCCAUCUUCAACACUGGUAGUCAGUGCACUGGUCUUUGUCCUAUUAGAAACCAUACAAUGGCUACGGAUGUGCAAUUGGCUGAACACCCACCAAUGAGUCCCAGAUCUCUUACAGGUGAACUGAGAAUGGAACAGACUCAGGGGCUGGGUGAGCUAAGUCCUCACAGGGUCCCGGGGCAGCAUGCCUUGCUUAGCAUUUCUGGAGUGCGCAGCCGCCGCUGUCGUCAUCGGUACUCCUCCAAAGGGACUCCCUCCAGCCAGGGCCACUGGGAGAAGGGAGUGCAGAAAGCAAAAAGUCCAAAGGCAGAGCCGAAACUUGAGAAGAAGUCCGGGCAGAGGCCACGGAGCCACGAGGAGGAUGGGCCACAGAAGGACCAGGUGACCCCAGGCGUCAUGGAUUUAGAGCUGGCCCCAGAGGCGCUGCGGACCCCCAAUGACCAGACCCCCGGCGCCUACCGCUUUGGCCGCCUCAGCCACCACUCCUUCUUCUCCAGGCACCACCCCCACCCCCAGCGUGUGACCCACAUCCCAGAUACCACUGGGAAGCCUAUCUGUAUUGUCAAGGACGAGUUCUCUCUGGGUCCCUUGCCUCAGUCGACACUGUUAGCCAGCUGUGUGAUGCCCACCAUCUCUGCCCCCCUAGGAGACCCACAGUCCAACCGGAACCCCCAGCUUGCCUCUGACACCUGGAAGAAGGAGCUGAAGGAGCUGGCUUCCCAGGUGGCCUUCUUCACCAAGGAGAAUGAGCAGCGGAAGAACAAAGAGCAGAAGGAGGAGACUCUGCGGGAGCAGGGGGCCAAGUACUCAGCCGAGACCGGUAGGCUCAUCCCUUCUUCCACUAGAGCUGGCAGCCGCCGCAGGGCCCGCCAGAGCCAGCGUGCCAACAGGGACGGAGGAGCCCAGACCAUCCUGCAGGAUCAGGAGCUGCUGAUCCUGGAGCUUCUCUGUCAGAUCUUGCAGACAGACUCAUUGGGAGCCAUCCAGUUCUGGCUGCUCUACGCUUCCCCCAAGGAGAAAGACCUUGUCCUGGGACUUCUGCAGACGGCCGUGGCUCAAUUCUUGCCCCAGCCUCUGACCUCCAUUCCUGUGGAAAGACUCCUAAACCAGCUCGAAGAAGUUCAAGACUCUCCACAGGAAAACCAGCAGCUGCUGCGCUACAGUCAAUUCCCAAAGAAGACGAGAACAUUGCCUCUAGCAAAAAGCGAAAAGCCAGAGUACAUUGGGAAGGCACAAGUUCUCCGGAUUCAGUCAAGUCAGGACACGGAGAAGAAGACGUCUAAGCCAAUGACAAAGAGCUGAAGAGCCCCUAAAACUUUGCCUGCCUCACUCAAGCACAGCCCCAAGUUCAAGCGCAGCCCCACCUCCACAGCAACACCUGAUUUCCCGUUGCAAACAGUCUGCUAAAUAAAAUCUUGUCUUCCCUUUGAGAGGACAGUUCCGCUCUCCCAGCAGCAA